AUGACGACAGUUUCCAGUGAGUACGUGGCUACUGUACGGCGAGGAGAGCUGUCGAAGCUGACGGUACCCGUACUGUCAUACUCUGCUGGUGAGAGGCUUUGGCGUUCCACGGGCGCGCCUGGAGCAGACCUGCCGGCACCUGCGAGGCGCCCCGCGCUGGUGGGCGGCCGAGCGGCCAGCGUCCUGCCGCCUGUUAACGGCAGAGCGGCAGCGGAACAGGUUGUGCCUCGUGCCACUGCUAUUUAUAUACCGCAAUGGUGGGGUGCGAUGAGGCCCCUGACGACGACGGCAGCGGCGACGACGUCCGGAUCUUCGACGCCUGAGCCGCUGCUGGGGCCGGCGGCGGGCUCGGGGGCAGCGCCGGAAGGGUGCGGGGGCGGCAGUGGCGGGGGCGGCAGCGGCAGUGGUGCGUGCGCAGAGUGCGUGUCGCGGCCUCGCGUGGCGGCCGCGCUUGCGGGCGUGGCGCUGGUGUCGCUGCUGCUGGCGCUGCACCUGCUGUACGACGGCGCGCUGCACUCGGUGCUCGAGUCCUCGGGGGCGGCCGCCGCGGCGCAGCUCAAGGCCGAGCUGGCCGCCGCGGCCGCCGCCGCCGCCGCCGCGGCCGCCGCAGCCAGCGAGGAGCAGCUGCACCUGCAGCUGCAGGCGGCGGGCACCGACGGCCCGGGGGCGGCGGCCGCCGGCAGGGUCCACUUCGCCAGGACGUCGCGCCGCCUGCCGCAGGCGCUCAUUAUAGGCGUGCGCAAGUGCGGGACGCGCGCGCUGCUCGAGAUGCUGGCGCUGCACCCGCGCGUGCAGAAGGCGGCCGGCGAGGUGCACUUCUUCGACCGCGACGACAACUACCGGCGCGGCCUGGACUGGUACCGCCGCAAGAUGCCGCACUCGUUCCGCGGCCAGAUCACCAUCGAGAAGAGCCCCAGCUACUUCGUCACGCCCGAGGUGCCGGAGCGCAUCCGGGCGAUGAACGCGAGCGUCAAGCUGCUGGUGAUCGUGCGCGAGCCGGUGACGCGCGCCAUCUCCGACUACACGCAGCUGCGCAGCCACGCGGCCGCCACGGCCGCCACGGCGGGACAGCCGCCGCCGCCCGCGCGCUCCUUCGAGCAGCUGGCGCUGCGGCCCGACGGCUCCGUCAACGUCGCCUACCGGCCGCUCGCCAUCUCGCUCUACCACACCUUCGUGCCGCGCUGGCUCGAGGUGUUCGACCGCGGCCAGAUCCUGGUGGUGAACGGCGACCAGCUGAUAGAGGACCCGGUGUCGCAGCUGCGGCGCAUCGAGCGCUUCCUGGGCCUGGAGCCGCGCAUCGGCCACCACAACUUCUACUUCAACCGCACCAAGGGCUUCUACUGCCUGCGCAACGAGACGGCCGACAAGUGCCUGCGCGACAGCAAGGGGCGCCGCCACCCGCGAGUCGACCCGCGGGUCGUCGCCAAGCUGCGGCGCUUCUUCAGCGAACACAACCAGCGCUUCUACGAGCUCGUGGGCGAGGACCUGGGCUGGCCCGAGGAGUGAGCGCCCGCCCGCCGCCAGCACCCGGCACUGCGCACGCGCCAGCGGCCCGCGGAGGCACCUGCGGGGCUCUCGAGCUGAGGCGGCCCUGCGCGACGGCAGUCACCGAGCGUUCCGGAGACGGCCGCGAGAAAAGAACGGACGUCGCCCCGGGCCGUGGACGAGGUUGUCGCCAUCUGGCAGUCGCGCGUAGAAUCUACCACUGCUGGACCCGCAGACUCUGCAAACACACAGCACAGUACUGACGGUCAGAUACUGAGCAACCGAGAGCUGAGUGUUCAGGCGACAGCAGAGUCUAUGCUACCAGUCGUAAGGAAGACGUCGUUUUUCGUUUUGUACAUUCCUCCACACUCUUUAACCUUCAGUUACCACAGACUGUACAACAAGAAAGAGCCGAACAAUUCGCCACCGAUGCUUUAUGUGACUGCGGGACAGGUGGAAAAAGAACACUGCUAAAAAAAAGUGUAAUAACUAUUAUAGUUUUGAGCCCUCAGGUUCAUGUGCUCACUGUUUUUAAGGAAAAAAAAUUAAUUGUAAAGUUGCUUUCUUUCCUACGGUAGUCACCAAUUAGCGCGUUGAUUCGUUUCACCAAAUGGCACCACGGAAUACGCGAUUAUUAGGUUUCCCAUGUUCUGUGAUGCAAUACCAAAGCAAUAAUACGUGCAGACUGCCGCUGGAAAUUGUAAUGAGAAUUUAAUUCCCGCGUUUAUAGCUAAAAUUAAAACUUUAGGUAACAUCAGGCACGGCACAAAUGAGACGGUGAAGUCUUACGAGUACUUGAGCUUUCUGUCGUACGCAUUGACUUUGAACGUGCUGUUGGAUUAUUCUAGGAAUGUUGUACUGUUUCUAAGAGUGUCAGAGACGGAAGGGGAAGAAACUGCCGGGGAAAAGCGGCCCCGUUUCUCCCCCUUCAAAAUUUUUCACUUCUUGGCGUUUGUUUCUCGCGUAAAGGUAGCUCGUUUCCGACUGCGACCAGAAGCGCGUAUUUGGUUGCCUGGUGAUGGUCGCCGGAACUAUCGGAAGGAAGACGAUGUGAGUUGGGUGGGUAGGUAGUAAGUAGGAGGCAAGGGCGGAUGCAGCCGGGAUGCACCCCCGCCGGCGCCCCGGCUGCCUCCGCCGAGGGGGCUGUGGGGGAGGUGCCCCGCGUGCGUGGGCGUGGUACCAGGUUCUGCCGCCGCCCUGGCGUCGUUCGCCUCUGAUGGCUGCGCGUGACUACUAUGGAGACAGACGGUCUGGGGCGUGUCCCAGCUGGCGGAGACACUCGCUCAGACCUCUAAACAGUGUGAGCCACUCCCGCACCGUUCCAUUCAAAUUGCUAUAGUCACACGUACCUCUGGAAAAAAAAAAUGUUUGCGGAGCAUCACGAGAGGAAAUGAAACAUUAGUAUGCCACUACGUGCACAAGGAACUGUUGGCGAUUCUAAAUCUGCUGCCCUGAGCGCCAAAACGAAACUGGAGAUAAAACGCCGUGGCUCUGAAGAUGACAACAUUGCACAGAAACCUGAUGAACCUCACGCAAGAAGUUCUUCCGUCUGUCGGUCGGCAGCUGUGACCACUUCAUGUUCACAUCUAGUUUUUCAGACAACUGGCGUGAAAACUGUUACAGUUCCAAAACAAAGGUCGUCCGACGCUCUAAUCCUCUUAACGAAAAGCUGUCGCUCUUACACAGACUUUUGUCACGAAUUCUGCAUUUCUUAAAUGUAUGCGCUUGCCGUGGCACACUAGAGGAACGAAGCACCGACGAUGUCACUCGUCAACACAAAUUCCGUGCACCAUUUCGCGCAGAAAGUGAAAGCUACAUCGCACACCACCCCAUGAACAGCACGGCCCUUGAAGUUAGUACAAAAUGUUUCGCAUAUCGCUAGUGUUGCUUUGAACAUCACAAAACAUAUCGAGUCCUUCAGCUGAGAGUGCUUGUACUUGUACCAUCUUCGUAGAUGGAUGUUUGGUCCAGAUAAUUGCUGACGUCUGCCGCUAAAUAACUUGUUAAGAGUUGUAACAAAGGAGUUGCUGACGAAAUUUACGGGGAACAGCACGCAAAUAAAACCCUCCGUACUCAUUCUCACGCCGAACACGGUAAACCCUACGCACUAGCAAUUACACAAGAGUGGGAAGCAUGGGAUGAUGACGGGACGUAAUAGAAAUCUUAAUCGCAAUCAAAUGAUACUCGUAAUCAAACGUUCUUUUUAUUGGCAAUACCGUAACAUUGUUUGAGGUUUAGAGUUGGCAGUGAGGGCGGCGUCGAAGUGCAAAAAGGUGUCUAAGUCAAUCGGUUAUCAGUUCAACGGCGAGUAAAAAAAAAAGUGUGCUCGGUUUUGCUGAAGAAGGAAAUCCUGACUAAAUUCCUCUGGCUGAAGCCACUGCUGCAGAAUGCAGCCAAUUGCAGUUUUCUCCGCAAAAGGAAUGUUUCGCUCACACGAAGCAAAACUUAAAACAAAGAAACCACAUAGUAUGUGUAUGCGAGGAGAUUUUAUCGCUUCUAAUACAGUAGCUGUCACGGUUAUCCCACCACGAGAUGCGAUCGACACCAAAGACGCACGCCUUGCUGAGGUUAACUAUCACAAAAGUUUACACCCGCCGAGACGCACGGCGUGACGACGUCAAAGCACUGGACCUUCCGUUUCCGCUCUCGAUGCUUUAGUAAAAAUAGCAGUCAAACAGUGCCUCGAGACAGGACAUUGGGGAAAACAGACUAUUUUGCAAGACUCAGCAACCUAUCUGGAGCACUGCAAUACAGCUCAAAAGUAACACUCGAUACAGUUGUUUCUGAAUUAUAUUCGUUGGAAAAUAGCAGCAGAAAUCCUAAUUAUCCCAAAUUAGAACUAUAUUGGCCAUUACUCAACGUGAAUGUACAGUAUUUUGUAAUCUACAAAUCUGCUCCUUAAUGCAGACAACAGAGUACUCUUGGGUGUAUUCGAACUAGUGACAGUGACAGUAAGAAGCCUACCCUAGUAUAGCCCAACAAUUUUUAAAGCGAGUGUCCGACCUCAAAAUACAUCGGGAUGCAGCAGUCAAUUACUAUUUCAGAGCACGAGUUUGUUUACGUUUCCUCACGACACGUUCGCAGCACAAAGCGCAGGUAGCUGUUGGAGAUGCCAAACGACGACAGACCCACUCGCUGCCCCCGAUGCGAGUACCAGAGUGUCAUUUGUUUGGAUGACAACUCCCAUAGGCAGGAACGGCGUCAGGAGUGUCACGUGACAGGCCAACAUGCGAGGUAGGGGCCCACGCGGCCGGGAACGCAGCACGACAGCUCGGCGCAGCAGAACCUGGUCCCAACGUGUGGAUCAUAUUGGUCCAUGAUGAAGUACGGCUGUUAAUAUAAGAUACCAUAUUUUUUAUAGUCCAUAUUGGAAGCUGUUGAUAAGUAUAGGGUGCGCUGGCACGGGUCGUGGUUAGCAAUGGCCCAACAGGCUCCGCCGAAUUCUCAGCCUUUGGUGGAAGCUCGCGUUUCCCCUGCCGCCGGAAAUUGUCACCUCGGGAAGGGCGUAGCAAGUGGAGCUCCCUCAAGUCUACAAUUUCCGGAACAAACCAGGUCACGAAAGUCCUCAAUUACCUUGAGGAACACUGCUUCUGGUUCAUUCCACUUCCUCAUAUCUCAAUACCUCUCGGACCCAACGCCCCCCGACAACUGACUUCCGUUCAUUCAGUUAGCUUGCCCGUACAGUUCUGUUCUUUUGGAGCUUUAUCAGAUAAUAUGCAAUCGAUUUCGCAAAACUUUCAUCCCAUCCCCUCUGAAAGGUGCGCAAGAUUGUGUUUAAUUCUUCCGAAAACGAUUGUACUUGCGUUAAUAUAAUUCCCAACUAACACAGCUGUGCGGGCAAGGGAAUCGAGUAACCAGAAGUCACUUAUUACAGAAGAGUUACCUCCUUUCCAUUUUGGUAUGGAAUUGCAACUCUUCUCAAUAGUUUGUAACAUGUAUUCUAGUCCCCCACGACUUCUCCCCUCGAGUGCUUCUUCUACUGCCCAGGUAAGUGACUGUGGUCGCCUUAACAUUUAUUCCCCACCAUGUGGUAACGAAUACCCAUUCUUCAGCAACAUAUUUGAAAAAUUUUCAGUUCAUUUCCCUCUCCUUCCUACCGCAUACGUCAGAAAAUCGUCAUAUUACUAGGCCAACGUGCAGGUUUCUCUUGUUGAAGAAAGCAUUUCUCCUCGCCUAUGCUACUUUCUGUCGUUGUUCUUCUGCUCGCUUUAGUGUUCGUACUUCUAUGGCAGUAUUGCACCCAAGAAUGAUAACUCGUUACUACAGUUGUACUUCUCUUCAAUGCUUAUUUCUUCGUUUUGUUCACUUAAACUCAGUGCUAAGCAAGCUGUCGUUCAAUUCAAAACUAAUUAUUACUAUUUACUUACUUUGUGCCGGAGGAGAAUGUCAUCUGCAAGCGUUAAUACUGAUAUCUGUUUCCACUUAUGGUUUCGCUCCUGUUCUGAAUUUCAAUUUGGCUUCCUUCACUGCCUGAUACUUAAAUUGCUUAGAAUGUAGUUACGAAACAAUUAAAACCGUGACUUUUUAAUUCCAUUUCACCCUUUUCUACCUUCGGAUCGCCCUUCAUCACAAUUUUUUUUUUGAGAAGGUGCUAUGAAUCAUUCAGAGUUUCGUAAAAGUACGUCCAUGUACAGUAUUCAGCCUUCAUUUGGCCAAAAUACAGCUGUCUCCUCCUCAUUUGAACCUGUUACGUGAAUGUUAGACCGGCGAAGGUGUUCCACGUUCCACAUUGAUGUUUACAAUUUUGACAGGUUACGCUAUAUUCUUGUGUUCAUCGUGAUAGAAAUAAGACACAGCGAAGUUAACUUGGAAUAAAUUAGACAGUCUCUUUAGGGAGUGCAUUCUAUCGCGCGACUAGGGUUUCUUCACAGUAGCGUUUUGGUUCUGAUCCACUUUGUGAAUUGUUCUUAAUUCGUGAUCUUCUGGUCUCCUUUCUGUGGUUUGUUUUUGACAUUUGCCUUCAUCAGGAUAAGGUGCGCUAUAUUCUUGUGUUCAUCGUGAUAGAAAUAAGACACAGCGAAGUUAACUUGGAAUAAAUUAGACAGUCUCUUUAGGGAGUGCAUUCUAUCGCGCGACUAGGGUUUCUUCACAGUAGCGUUUUGGUUCUGAUCCACUUUGUGAAUUGUUCUUAAUUCGUGAUCUUCUGGUCUCCUUUCUGUGGUUUGUUUUUGACAUUUGCCUUCAUCAGGAUAAGGUGCGCUGUACUUGAACGAUUUAUCAGUCUCCCAGUCUCACUUAUUCAUUCAGGAAGAACUCAUCCUUCCUGAUAUUUCAUCGGUAAAAUAUAGCAAUAUCAUCUUAUUUUAAACAGCCUUGGGUUGAAAAGAGAGCGUUUCUAAACGGAACUGCACGCUCCACUUUGAGUGCGGUCAGCUAACAGCUCAUCCCUCUAUGUGUUGCCACAGGAGACGAUCUUGGGUCACAUGGUGCCUUUGGUAGUUUCGUAUUUCAUCACUAAUUUUAUUAAUGUGUGGAUAUCAUCACUUAUGUUAUCUGAUGAAACUUCAUUUCUAAUAUUCCUUGCCCUGUGUUAUCAUGUUUCAUAAUGUUUUCCUAACCUCGCUUCCAUGAAACAGAGCAGAUUUGGAUAUAAUGCCCAUUACGUUUAUAAAAUAUUCCCAGAAUGCCUAUUAAUGGAUAUAAUUAGUUUGUUGCAUUUCUGGAUAUUGUCUUCUACUCGAGCGUUUCACCCGUUAACAGACGUAUUGCAACCCAAAUAUUUAAAUGAAUUUGUGUGCUGUAUAACGUACUUCUUUUUCAUUAUAUUAGCCCUCUUCACAUAUUUCCCUUACAUGAUCAUUGUUUUGAAUUUGAUAGUCGACAUGUUCACGUUAUACAUUCUUAGCAUUUUAUUCAUUCUGUUUUUUAAAACCACUAUUAGCACCUGAUCCCCUGCGGGUAAGUUUGUCAUAAUACCAUUCCAAUGCCCAAGUACAUUCCAUUUGUAUUCAGGUUCAUGUCUAUGUUCAUGUCAAAUAAUAAAGGAGACAGUCCACAGUCUUGUCUUAGUACUUGACUGACUACUAUGGACUUUUGCAACUUAUGUUUCUAAAUACUCUACCCGUUUUAUCAUAUUGGGAUGUAAUAAAUUGAAGUUAUUUUUGUACUUUCAACAUUGGAGCAACAUUCAGGCUGUUUCAGUUUUAUUUCUAGACCAUGCCCUCUUAGACAAAUUAUAGAUUCAGGAAUAUCUUCUGAAGAAAGCUCAAUUAUUUGAGCUGAAACCUAGGUAAAGGAUGGUUUCAUUAGUGCAAUCGAGGCUGACAGUUUCUUAUAAAUAAAAUUGAAGUUAAACCGAAUUACAUAAACUUUUUCUUUUAUAUACCACAGUAUUUUGCCUUACUGGGUCGUGAACGUUUUCAUAAUAUAAACAUAGCCUACAGACAGAAAGAUUCCAUUCUCUGUUGGUCUACUAUACGUUUUAAUUCCACACAUUGCAUCUAUACACAUUCGUCUUUUAUACAGUUGCUCUGGGGCUUCAUCAGUAUCAUUGCAGCUAAAUAAUGGAUUCUUUUUUUCAAUCACUUUGAGGUGUAUUUUCUGUGCGGGGUUCAGUCAUGGCUUCCCUCUGUAACUACUUCGGACGUUUUUGUCAUCUGUCUUGUGUGUGUUGAUUAUCUUUCCUUCUUUUCACGUCUCUGUGGUCUUCCCACAGUUUCAUACGUAUUUUAUCUGUAACAACAAUUCUGUUCGUUUCUAGGUUCCAUAUUUGACACGUUUCACAUUCAGGUCGUCACCUCCCAGAGCUUCAAAUUCUACUCCGGGAAUUGCUCCAUACUGGUUACAGCCGACUGUAUCUGUUGUGAAAAGGACUUCCAUGUUUCCCAACAGUUAUGUACACUGCGUCAGUUUCCUCGAAUGUCAAGUUUCUGAAGACCUAGAAGCAGAAUCUUAGGGACGCAGUAAUGUAAUGAUCCACCCUUUCUCCCCUAGGUUGAUUACAGACAGUUGAGCCAAGAGACCACGGCUGCCACAGUUGGGUAAGCGUGCUUCCAGCCCGGGCUACCUGAGGCGUUUGCCUGGGCCCCCGUCCCGUGCCACGCCAGCAAGGGAGGUGUCUCUGGGUGGGCCUCGAGGCUCCGAUGCGCCGCCACGUAGCCUGACCGCGCAGAAUCCUUCCACCAGUUUCACGGUGUUAACGACAGAGCUGACCGCACGGCGGCUGCGAGUUUCCUGCCGCUGCUGUUCGGUUCGCCGUAGACUAUAGUACAGUAUGUGUGUGUGUGCGCGCGCGCGCGUGAGUGUAUGUAGUUGCUCUCCAUUGUUGACGCUAGAGCCCCGAUAUUACGUCAAGUACGAUAAGUAAGAGACGCGCUCGUGCUGUGCAGGAGACAAACGAAAGCGGAGAUGACCUUCUGCCAGAUGGUUGUCGUUCUGAUACACAUACAUAUCACUCUUUUAUUUAAAUAUAUAUACAUACAUAUAUGUCUUCACAGAGCGUCUUGACGCCAGUAUGCAAACCGAAUGGGCUGAGCAGAGGAUCUACAUGAGUGCAUCUCAGCUGUCGUGGCAUUGUUUCUCUAGUUUUGGCUACGCUUUCGUAACUAUUUGUAAGAUAAGAUUCGGUAGCCAUUCAAUUUAUUUAGCUAUUUUAUGUACAAGUGUAUCGCAGUUCGUUGCACUUUUCCCUGGCUACACGUCCUACCGCAUUAAUAAUAAGUUUCAGAUUGAUCAUGAUGUAUUCUGCAGUCAGUGUAAACAAUGCUAGACUGCACUCUGAUAAUUCCUUGUAUGCUUGUCCACUGAAGCCAAAAUUUACUGUCUGUCAGAAAAUCAUACGUCUCUUGACUUUGAACACGGCAGUUAGGUACAAUCGCCUUGGCUGUAGCCUCAAUAAACGACGCUUUUGUAUUAUAAAUAUAAUUCCUUGUUUACUUUAGCCUGUCGCAAAUACGCCAGCUACCGGUAAUUAAGGGAAGCAUGCAAUAAGUUCAGUUGUAUUACAGCAAGUCGUUUUAACCGUGAUGCACAAUUCUCAAAAUCGUUUGCUUACCGAGACGAAAUGUAUCGCAUAUUACAACCACUUCUUCUCCUACAUCCAAAAGUGUUUAAUUCUAAAUGAAACAUUUGCGCGACGCAUCUACGUUAUGGCCCCUCUGCACGCAAGCUCUCUGGCUUCAGCGAUUUUCACAAUUAUGUUUGCCAGUUAAAAUGUUAAUAGACUUUUUCACCGAAAAUACGAAAAGAAUGUAACUGUCAGAUAAUUAUUUACGCAUAAGUUCCAUGCCGGUAUUGCUAGCAGAUCUUUACGUAUUCCUAAAUGUUCCUGGAGCCUGAACUUCAUAAUCAUCUAGUUAUCGCCAUGAGCACUUUACGGCUUAGUAGUUUUGAGCAGAUGUGGGAUAUUAAACUAAAAGAAAUAUGAGUGACAGUCAUAAAUCUACACGUGAAACGCAGGUUGUGAUGAUAUCCUGAGAGAAUGCUGGCACGAUUGGCGCCAGUUUAGCGUAAAUUUAUAUCCUAAAUCUAUUCUGUCGUUGAAACACGAUUAAUCUUGACGAGAGCUUUAAAUUAUUGUUCCGACCAUUUACCUCCUUAACCUAGAACGUAAGUUCCGGCGCUGACCACAGAGGUAACUGAUUUUCCCGCACAAUUUCCUCGACCCAGUACUUAGCUUAAGGAACACCAACAACGUGCCUGAGUGUUGCGAGAGAUUGCGCAUGUUGUGUGUGAGUGAGAAGCCGCGUCAGCGGCGAGUGUGCCAAGAUGAUUGAUUAAGAGAUGUGCAGUGAAAACUAUGUUAUUUUUGAUAGAUUUAAUUCCGUUAACAGUGUUUUAUAUGAUAAAAAUAUAUACUAUUGUUUUCAUGUAACAUCAUUAAAUAUAUAAUCAAGUAACUGGAAAAGCAAUACCGCAUUUACCCUUUGAUAUCCCUGAAGAGGCACCUCCCUGACAUGUUUAUAUCAAUUUUAUGUGUUUAACUAUCUAUAAUUAAGAAGUUACUUAUCAGAAAUAAAACAAAAAUGAAACUAUGCAUAUCAUUAUUAAGACUAAAGAGCAAUAUGCUGUAAUUAAUACGAAACAUAUCAUUAUUGACUGUCAAAGUGUAUAGAGUUAAAUAUAUUGUAUGUAGGAAGUACAGAGAGAUUAAGAAGCAAUACUAUUAAGCAAAGUGGGAAUAAAAUUAUUACCACAAAUAUUAUUAAGGGUACAAGAGUUCAGAUGUUUAUUGUACUUUCAAUUUGUGGUCUCAGGAACUAAAAAUUAUAAAAUGCAUUCACCUACGAGAAUGAUCAGAAAAGAAAACCCAUACAUAUCAUGAUAGACAUAUCCAUUCAACAUUUAACAUAUUCUGUAUUAUAGAAACUUUUGAUGUCAGAUCUUUAUUAUCUCACGUCAUUUUCUGUCAUUAGACGCGAAUAUUUAAUGUAGUUACUGUGAUAUUUUAUUUUUGUUAAAAGCUCUACUGUUUUGAUAUAAUGAAAGGCUGACGAGGGAGACAGCUGUUUCUAAAAUUAAGACAUAGGAUGAAAUUGUAGAACAAAAGCAGUUAUCUUCUCUGAUGCUACACAGAGUUUUAAAUUACUGUUUUCAGCAACCUAGCCGUAUUAAUUUUAGAGAUGAGUUCUAUUUUCAAAAGUAAUUUGAGGGUAGCAACAUUUUGCCACAAAUAAAAAAAAAAUCUGGAGUUUGAUCCUUCACAAAAUCAUGGCUUAUCUUCUCUGAUGAUGACAGACGACACAGGCCGGCACCUUUGCUUAAGAACCGCUUAUUCUUACAAAGCCCCGGCUGCGUUGUCUGGCACUGAAAUGGAACACGGUUUGAUUAACGAUGUACAGAUAUUCUCGAGGAAAUCUCAUUUUUUGACGUCAAGAGAGACAUCAAAAAAUGAGUUUAUUAGUAGCGAAGGAUCAAAUUUCAAAUUUUGUAUAAAUGUCGUCAAUGGCUAAGCGUAAUCGCUGUGCAAGAAAAAAAUGUUUACUAAUUUUAUAAAUAUGUAUAUCUUUUGUAAAAGUUAAGCAGAAUUUAUUAUUAUUUUCACCGCAUAUUGGUCCAGAAAAAUAGUAUUUGUUGGGCCUACUAUACCUGAAUUAGAAUACUUCAGCUAGAGGUGAUUAACGCAUUGGGGGCGAUACCAGCACAAAAUAUCAUGUUUCUCUUUUCGGAUACCAUCACAAAAAUUUUCUGAUGUUUAAAGACACCGAUUUACUUGAACUGUUGGAUAUAUUGAUAUUUAGUUUACAUUUCAGUCCUCAAUGUGUUAAUUGGUAAAGUACAUAGGCAAUUGAGAAAUGUAAAGUUAGAUUUAGUUUGUAAAUGUAUUUGAAUUCAUAUUUUUGGAGAGGCAGAUACAUGUAGUGGUUUAUAACAAAAGAUUCAGCGAUAGACAUUCUUCAGAUUGUCUUAGAAGACUAGAAUGCAAGUAACUGCUUAUAGGGACUUUACUCUGUGAAUUAAAUUGGUUUCCUGACCUAUCCCAAUCCGUGACCCUUGACCAAAUGUCGCCUCUCAUCGCAGUACUGCCGUUCUCCACGCUAAAUGCCGUAGUCUCACACAUUCGUUAUCUACAAGAGGCAAGCAGGCAACAUUUACUUCCGCUACAUAUUUAUUUCCCUCCAGACAAAACUGAGGGACUUUGGACUGCCUGACUACUACACGAGAUAGAUUAGCUGCUCUUCGCGUAUGAGCUGUUUUAUCUGUUGGCUGUAAUAGGGUCGACCGAAAUUUGCCCAAAACUCUCUUCUUGUUGAGUUCGCCCGACAUCAGUAAAAUCAAGCCCUUCUGUCCGAGAAAGUAUCACUAAACAGAAAUAAAACCAGACUUCCCUCCUCUUCUGCAGGUACCUAUUAAUUAAAGCUAAUGUACUUCCGAUUGGAGUUCUUGAUGGAAACAUCUGCAGCCACUUCAAAUUCUGGGGAAUUCCUUUCUAAGAGAACACGACAGCAACCCUAUACCUGGUAUAAAGGGAAAAAAUCGCCCUACGGAGCCGCUGAUAUAUACAGAGAUGUUCUUCAAACAGCUGUGGGUAUUAAAAUCUCAAGGUAUCACUUUUUUUUUUUUUUUAGUGUAGAACGUAACAAAUGUAGAAAUAACAAGGUGUUGUCCGACUAUGAAGGUAUUAAGAAUGCUGCAUUCUAGUUCUGGUGUGCUGUUUCGAGGAGGAUAUUUAUAUGGUUAUCUUGUUUCCAACAACAGUUAAUGACCUCUAGUACCCUAUAAUUUUCUAUUUCUUCUCCUGCAGCUGCAAAGUAUCUGGGGCACGAAAUAUUAGAAAUGAUUAAGUGUGAAGCAGAAAUGAUUAAGUGUGAAGCAGAAAUGAUUAAGUGUGAAGCAGCAUCUAAGAGCAUCGAGCAUUUUCUCGCAGUUAAUCUAGAAUUGGUGAAUUCAGAGCGUUAACAAAACAGUGUAUUGUAGGGAAAAUGAUAAUGAGAGCAAUGAAUGAAAUGCAUUAUCGCGUCAUCUUCAUGGUAAGUAUAAACUAACACAUUAUAAACAAGGAGGAUUUUGUAGACUGCCAUCUCGAUGCCGCUUUGCGUGUAAUAUACCUUAAGAGUAAGAAACGUGAAACGACAGCAAAGAGAAGUACUGUACGAAAUAACGCCUUGUAAAAAGGAGCUCUAACAUAGGGUACAAAUUUUUCGCUUCUGCGUGUGAACUAAAAGAGACUGCUACAAGUUUACUGUAUUAUUUUACCACUGUUGAUAAAAGGCAUCCAUUUUAGUUGAGGAAGAGAGAUUAUGCCUUUCACAAUGAACAUUCGUAAGUAAUUCUUGUGACAACAAUGAUUGUUACAUUACGUACUCUCUCCAUCACAAGAAAUAUCGCACGUGAGCUUAUUCAGGCAUAAACACAUCGUGGGGCAACGCCGAAGAAAAUAUUCACAGCUCUAUAUUCAAAUAUUUCAUUUCGUUCUUUUUUGUCUUAAUGAGACUACUUCGUUUUGCUGGAAACAGUUAUGUCAAAACAUGUAUUUUAGAAACUGAUAUUAGCAGUAGUAGCGAAGCCUAGUAGUUAUGGACAGCAAAAGAUUCUCAUUGCAUCGGUGGUUUCAGUUCUUCAUUGAUACCUUUGUGUCUAGAACGAAGCAAAAUUGAACGCAGCCUGCCUUUGUCAAUCACGCAUCUGAUAAGUCAACAAGUAUCAUUUAUCCGUAUCUUCUAAUCGUCACCCUUACCUAGCAUCUCUCUCUCUCUGCUUUCUCGUCUCGCAUUAGCCAUUUUAACAAACUGUGUGUAAGUAAAAAUUAUCUAAUACUUCGAUGUCGCAUGGGGUUUGGCUAGCAGAUCUAACAUUCCAGUCUUUACUCAUUGUCUUCAGCCCAUAAACCAUACUGUAGCCGCCUCCUCUUUUCAUUCAAAUUUUUCUUUUGCUUUCGUCCACAUACAUGAGUCAGCUACUCCAAAUUUUUGAAGAACGCAGAUGCAGAUUUUUAAAUUUCUUUCUCUCGGCCUCCUGCAUUCACGUACGGAGAUUUUUAUGUUAUAUAUUCCACGGCCCAGUAAUUUAAAUAGUGCAUGCAGAAAUAGGUCUGCUGUAUCUCUCUUUCACAUGUCGGCGUUACAUCACUUUAGCUUUGCAGGUCCCUUGUUUUUUCAUGUCAGAUGUGUCCACAAAGACAAACGAAAAGUUCACAUUAAUGAAGGAGGACUUCAGUAAGUUACGCCAAAACUAGCAGUAUCGUCAGCCACUACACAGAGAAAAACUAAAGAGUAAUAUCCCUAACUGAAUACAAUUGAAAGGAAUUGUGCAGUAUUAAAAAAUGGUGCAGUUAUUCAACCAGAACUGAACUGAAGAAGAGAGAAGUCUGCAAAAUUGUAACAAAACAUAGUGGGGAGUUUAGUAAAUUAGCACGUAGUUGCGACAACACUUAAAAUAGCCGUUAAAUUCAAGACAGCAUACCCGUCGAGGUGCUGGCGCGGUGACAGACAGCAGGGAACACAAUGUUUCUGGCGCGUCCCCGGCUCCUCCAUCCCUCCCUCCAACCCCCUGUCGGCAGCUGUCUCGCUCGCCGGCUCUCCGUCUUUGUUGUCUCUCCACCUGUCGCCUUUCUCAGACUCUUCGUAUGCGCUUCCUGUGUUCGUCCCUCAGCACUCACAUUUUUCCACCUUCUCUCCUAACAGAGCUCUUUCAAUGUGCUUUCUAACUGCUUGUGUAAAUAUGUGUACUUUAGUAAGUGUUGUACUGUACGCUGAAGUACUUAAGACUAAAUUCUGAAAUCUCAAAUCUUUAUCCUUGUAGUCUU